UUCAAACCUACUGCUAGUGGUAUCUCUCCCUGAUGCGUUUUCUUCUAUCUCGCCUCCUUCUCUCCUCGCCGUUGCCGUCUGCCGCCCUACCUCGCCGUCUCCUUCCAUCUCCGGCCUACUGCUUCUCCCGUCGACAUUCUCAAAAGUAACAUUAAAGAUAUUUUAGACACUCCUGAACUUCAAAAGACAAGGCAUUGCAAACUUUCAAGACCGGAUCCAAUCAAUCUCUUCCACAAUCUUAUAAUAAGCACCUGGAUUCACAUCUAAACUUUGCUGGGAUGCAGAUAUCAAGAAAAAAAACCUUGUUAAUACAGUAGCUUACAACAAAUCCCCUUCACAAAUUAUGGUGAGACUAAGACACCUAAAGCAAAAUUCCAUCCGUGCCCUCCUUUCUCCUCUCAACACCAACAAUCCCUUCAACUACUCAACAUUAGCAGCAUCCACCACCACCAAUCCUCUCAGUUUAAACCCAUUAUUCCCAUCUUUCUCAUCUCCAUCCCAUAAAUUACAAGCAAACGAUUUGGUUUUAACAUUUCGCGAAUGGUUCAAGUCAAGUGGAAACCCUCUUCUUGACCAAAUCCUUGAAGUCUUAUCUUCAAUUGAAAACCAAGAUCUUAUAGUCGAACGUGAAGCCAUAGAUGCAGCCUUAUCUUCUCUAAAUCUACACCUCACAGAGUCACUUGUUCUUGAUGUUUUAUCAUACGGGAAAGACGUUUUAUCUUGCACCAAAUUCUUCGAUUGGGCGGGUCGACAACCCGGUUUUCACCAUUCCCGAGCCACAUUCCAUGCAAUUUUCAAGAUCCUUUCAAGAGCAAAGCUGAUGUCUUUAAUGUUUUACUAUUUAGACAGCUAUAGCAAGCUUCGAGGGGGUCACAAGUCAAACUUUCACAACAUUUUGGUAAUGGGUUAUGCUGUUGCAGGAAAACCCGAAAUUGCCCUUCAGUUAUUCGGACGUAUGCGUUACCAAGGUAUUGAUUUAGAUGAUUUUGCUUAUCAUGUGCUUUUAAAUGCUUUAGUGGAAGAGGGUUAUUUUGAUGGAGUUGAAUCAAUUGCUACACAGAUCAAGAAUCGUGGUCUUGAAUCCGAAAUCACUUAUUCGAUUUUGGUUAAGAGUUUUUGUAGGAAAAAGGAGUUUGAUAAAGCUGAAAGUUAUCUUCGUGGGGUGAUUAAUAGUGGGAUUAAGAUAAAAAGUGGUGGUUAUAUAGUUGGUGCUCUUGUUGAUGGGUUAUGUAAGAACAAUGAGUUUGAUAAAGCUGGGAAAUUAGUCGAUGAAUUUGGAGAAUUUCAUGUUUAUGAUAUAUGGAUUCGGGAACUCGUUCGUGCUAGAAAGCUGGAUGGAGCUAUGGAGUUUUUGCAAAAAACUAGGAACCAAAAGACGGCUGUUUAUGUUCCGGAUGUUUUCCGUUACAACUCCUUGAUUUUAAGACUUCUAAGAGAAAACAGACUUGAAGAAGUAUGUGAUUUAGUGAUUGAAAUGAGAGAGAAUAAUAUCCCUCCAGAUGAGUUAACAAUGAACAUUGUUUUAUGCUUUUUUUGUAAAGCAGGAAUGGUGGAUAUUGCUGUAAAGUUAUACGAUUCAAGAACAGAGAUUGGAUUAUCUUUGAGUUCAAUGGCUGUUAAUUAUUUAAUGAAUACCCUUUGUAGGGACGGAAGCGUCAUUGAUGCAUAUCGUAUUUUAAAAAACUCACUUGAUCAAGGGUAUUUCCCGGGAAAAACCGCGUUUUCUAUCAUGGCUGAUGCUUUAUGCAAGGUGGAAAAACUCGACAUAAUGGAUGACUUGUUUCGUGUUGCUUUGGAACACAAGAUUAUGUUGAGUGAUAAGUUUCAUGAAAAGUACAUAAAUGCCCUUUGUAGGAUUGGGAGAUUAGAAGAUGGGUAUAUCAGACACGUGGAAUUAAACCGGUUAAAUGAAGUCACACCCAAAUUUGCUUACAACUCUUUGAUAGAUGGGUUUAUUAAUCGCAAAAGAGGCGAUAUUGCAGCAAUGUUAUUGAUACAAAUGCAAGAAAAACAUCAUACCCCUACCCGGAAAUUGUUUUGUAGUGUGAUUCAAAGCAUAUGUGAAAUGGAAAAUCCCGAAAAACAGUUUCAAAAGUUGUUGGAAAUGCAGUUGUCUAUUCAGAAACUCGGGUGUUGGGUUUUUAAUCAUUUUAUAGAAGGAGCUGGGAUUGCUAAAAGACCUGAUUUAGCUAAAGAAGUUUAUCAAAUGAUGAAAAGAAAUGGGAUUUCUCCUAAUGUGAGUGCGGAUAUUUUACUGUUGAAAAGUUUUCUAUCAAGUGAAAAAGUAUCCAAUUCUUUAUCUUUAUUCUAUGAUGUUUCUAAAAAACGAAAAAUCGGGAGAAAAGUAUUCAACACGAUUGUUGUUGGUUUAUGCAAAGCAAAUAAACCUGACAUUGCUUUGAGCAUCUUUUCAGAAAUUAGAGAAAAAGAGAAGACGUUGAGACCCAGUCUUGAAUGUUAUGAAGAACUUGUAUACGUUUUAUGCAAAUACAAAAGAUACGACAAGGUCAUGGAUGUUAUCAGUGACAUGAUUCGAGUUGGGCGUCCUUUAUCGUCUUUUAUCGGUAACAAUUUGCUUCUAUAUUCUUUAAAAGAUCAAAACCUAUACAGCACUUGGGUUGACUCACUACCCACCGAGUCAACCGAGUCGACUCAGUCGUCACCUAUGUGGAAACUCGGCGAGUUGGUUGGGUUGUUUUCUGACCGGUUUAGAGACGAUAUAGAUAUCGAUGAGUUGGAGGAAGUAGUGGGGAAGUGUUUUCCACUUGAUAUAUACACAUACAACAUGCUUUUGAGGAAACUAAUAAAGAAACAGGUGGACGAUGCUUCUAGAUUGUUCCGGAAGAUUUGUGAGAAAGGGUAUAAACCGAAUCAGUGGACUUAUGAGACUUUGGUGCAUGGGUUUUACAGACAUGGUAGGGCGGCUGAAGGUAAAGUAUGGCUGGAGGAGAUGCAGAAGUUAGGGUUUACUCCAAGUGAGGCUACAACAGUUUUGCUUUAAAGAUUAUCAAAAGACUAUCACAGUGGUUUUCAUGUCUACCAAAUGAAACCUUGUAGACAUGAGUUAUCAUCAAAGCAAAGAGAGAGGAAUGAAGGUAAAGUCUGACAAGAGGUUGUUUGUGUUGGAGUUAUCAUCAAGCGGUCACAACAUCCUUGAGCUAGUCCCUAGUCCAGGAAGACAGCCUCGGUUGUGGCGGUAGGACACAUGUGCACCCUUGAUGUUGGCCUGCAGGAAGGGCACAUCAACAUAAUACAAAUAUUUCAUAAAAACAACACAUUUUGUUGAAAUUUAUAAGCUGUAUAUUGGUCUUUUUGCCAUUGGUCAAGUUGUAGGUAGGAAUUGAUCCAUGGGGGCCUGUUUAGGUUAUUAGGUGUUAAGAUCGAGUUUACCUUGAAUACUACGUGUUAUAGGGUAUCGUCAUGUAACUACUUCCCCAUGGUCAACUCAUGGUUUGACAGCAACUUAGUUGAGAAAAACUCAGUUUAUACCAAAACUGUAUGUGUGGUUUGGAAACUAGUUAUAUGGUAUUCCACAUCGAUAUAUUACGUUCAAAGACAUUAAAA